AGCGCAUAAUGGACAAGAAGAAUCCACACAGCCACAACCAUCGCCAUCGCCAUUGGUCGUUCGUUUAUCGCCGUCCGGCCAUUCGCCAAAAUCGCAUAAGUACAACGCCUCGGUAGCAAGGGAGAAGUGUGUGGCGACGGAAAAAAUCUUCCCCAGUAUGUCUUCUCCUUCGUCAGCCCAUUGGCUGAGCUUGGUCGGGAGCGUUUGGCUCCAGACCAUCAACGGCCCCAACGCCGACUUCCCCGUCUACUCGUCACAGUUCAAGGAGAUCAAGGGCAUCUCCCAGGUGCAGCUCAACUUCCUCGCCUUCGCCUCCGACGCCGGGAAGCUCUUCGGCUGGUUCGCCGGGGUGGCCGCGCUGUACCUCCCGCUGUGGGUGGUGGCCAUCACCGGUGCGGCCUUCGGCCUCGUCGGGUAUGGCGUCCAGUUCCUCUUCCUGGAGAGGGCCGGACUCGCGUACUGGCACCUGUUCGUGCUCACCUCCCUCGCCGGCAACGGCAUCUGCUGGAUCAACACGGUGUGCUACCUCCUCUGCAUCAAGAACUUUCCCUCCGACAGCCGCGUCGCGGUGAGCCUCGCCACGAGCUACCUCGGGCUGAGCGCCAAGUUCUACACCACUAUGGCCGAGACGAUCCCCAAGGCGGCGACGGCGAGGUACUCCACGACGAAGGUGUACCUCCUCCUCAAUGCCGUCGUCCCGAUGAUCGUCACGCUCGUGGCGGCGCCGUCCCUCCGUGUGGUCGAGCUCAAGGACCGCAAGAGGACCGAAGCGCCUUUCCUCGCCAUGUUCGUGAUCACCCUGGCCACCGGAGCCUGCGCCAUCGUUGGCAGCAUAGGCUCCAAAUCCAUCGGGCUCUCGUCCAAAGAACACAUGGUUAGCCUCUACGUGUUGCUCGCCCUUCCUCUACUGAUCCCGUUGGCGCUCAGAGUCAGGGAGAGAGUGACCAAGAUACGGGAGACCAAAUGGGAGAAACGAGUCCACGACCACGACUCCGAUGGGACCGAGACGGCGGUGUCGAUGGUCGAACUUGAGGCGGAGGACAAGCAGGACCAAGGGCAGGAGCUCGAACAAAGUGGUCAAGAGGAGGUCGGCGGCCUCCGCCUGCUGAGGAGGCUUGACUUCUGGCUCUACUUCUUCAGCUACAUGUUCAGUGGCACGCUCGGUCUAGUCUUCCUCAACAACCUAGGGCAGAUCGCCGAGUCCCGAGGACUCGCCGACGCGUCCACUCUGGUUUCCCUGUCGUCCUCGUUUGGCUUCUUCGGUCGCCUCCUUCCCGCCCUCAUGGACUACUACACUGCCAAGAGCGGCUACUCCCUAUCACGAACGGCGUCCAUGGCGUCGCUGAUGGCCCCCAUGUCCGGCGCGUUCUUCUUGCUGCUGCACCCGAGGGACAUGUUCCUGUACGCCAGCACGGCCGUCGUCGGCACGUGCACGGGCGCCAUCACCUCGGUGGCCGUGUCGGCGACGAGCGAGCUGUUCGGCACCAAGAACUUCGGCGUCAACCACAACGUGCUGGUCGCCAACAUCCCCCUGGGCUCGCUCUGCUUCGGCUACCUCGCCGCGUUCAUGUACCAGAGGGGCGCGCACGGGAGCAACCGCUGCCUCGGCGCCGCCUGCUACCAGAACACGUUCCUCCUCUGGGGCGCGACGUGCGCCGUGGGCACGGCGCUUUGCACCGUGCUGUACGUGCGGUCGCGCGGCUUCGCCGGGAGGCUACCCCGCUAGGGUGCCAUGCGUACGGCGGUGGCUGACUAACUUAGACGAUGAUGAUAAGAAGGAACAAGAAGUUACUGAUGCGUGAGUUUAGAUGGUUAGGUGCCACGUAAUUAAUUGGAAAAUAAAAUAUCUACAGACUAUAGCUAGUGAUAUAGCAUUUUCCAUUUUUAGAUUUUUUUAUUACUUUAUUGACUAAACUUAUAUACAAUCACAUGGGGGCUCUGAAAAGCUCCAUGCAUGUGUAUGCUUAUGGUUGAAAAGGAACAGAAUGCGUGUAUGCUUAUGGCAAAUUCUAUGUUCCAACACAA